AUGAUAAAAGGGAAAGAUGAAAACAAAAGUAAAGAAAAAAUUAGUUUGAGGGGUGAAAGAAAAACAGGUGAGAGAGAAAAAAAAAAAAAAAAAAAAAAAAAAAAGUCUCACUCAUCCUCGGCUUCGUCAAAUAGUGGAAAUUAUUAUUGUGAUAAUAAAAAUGAUAAUGGAAGUAACAGCGGAAUGAGGGAAACUAAUUCAAGAAAUAGAUCCUCACUCUCGUAUGAUGAAGAUAAAAGACGAAGUGAUAGAUUUCAUAAUGAUGAAAAAUUAAAAACAAAACAAAAAAGUGAAGCUUCAUCCAAACAUUCUUAUAAUAAUUAUUAUAGUGGUAGGAAUGCACAUGGAAGAAGCAAAAUCAACUCAGAUGAAGUAAAAAAGAUAAAAAGGAAAAAUGUAAAAAGAUCCUCAAGUUUUGAAAGUAAUAUUAACAGUAGAGGGAAAGGAAAUGUAAGAAGUUACAAUAGCUCAUACUCACAAGAGGAAAUGUUACAUCGGGGUAAUAAUAGUACUAGCGAAGAGGAAGAGAAGAGAAAAUAUUAUACGCAGAAUCGUUAUAGGCGUCGUGAUGAACGGAAUAGCAGCAAUGGCAAGGAAAAUGAUAAAAGAGUUAGGGUAAAGCAAGAGGAAAGAAAGAGAAAAACGACAAAAUGGACAGAAAAAACAUGCAAAACGGACGAAAUGAACGGAACGAACGAGACACACGAAAAGAACGAAACGGUCAAGGAAGGGGACACUAAUACAUUUGUGCCAAACAAUAAACAUAAUAUGUGCCAAGAAAGGUCUAACACAAAAAAGAGAAAAUAUGACAAAGAAGUAAAGGCAUGCUUUGAAGCCGAUGAAGGUAAUGAAAAAAAAAAAAAUGAAAAGGAAAGAAUAAAAUUAAAAGUCGAAAAAAAUUAUGAGAAGCAUAAGUCGUAUAGUAGCACGUCGGAUGAGGAGGAGAAGGAUGAAAACACAUCUUAUGAAAAAAUGAAAAAUCAGUCAAGGGUGGUAAAACAUAGACAUAAUAAGGAGAAUAUAGAAGAAAAGAACGAAAAAAAUAAGUGCGAGAAGAGAAUAUACGAGAUAAAGCAUAUUUAUAAAAAAGGGGAUGAACUUGUUCAGAAAAAAAGGAAACGACGUAAUGAGCCCAGUGAGGAAGAAAACAGAAAAUUGUGUUCACUCAGUAAAUCGAACGAUAAAAAAGAAGUAAGUAGAAGAAAGUCUAACCGUUCGGAAGAGAGUGCUGUAGGAAGCACAGUGAAAAGUAGAAGAGAACAGUAUAACGACGAAACAAAAAAUAUGAAAAGAAAAACUGAAUCAAAACGGUAUAGUAAUAAAGAACACCGAGAAGAUGCCAGUAGCAGAAGAAAUAGAGCAAUUUCUCGGUCAAUUUCUUCAAGUUUUCAUGGUAGAAAAGGAGUGGAUCUCCCAUUACAUAGAAAACGAAAUAUACAACGCGUGUCAUCUGAAUUAAGCGAAUAUAGUAUGAGAAGGAGAAAAGGGAAAAGUGACAACAUGGGGCAUGCACAUAUUAACAUGGUAAAUGAGGAAAAAGAGAAAUAUAGCAAAAGGUACAAGCGUAAAAGGAGUUCGAGUUAUGAAAGAGGAGGUAGGGUUCGUGAUAGAAGCAGCUCCAAUAGUAGCAUAAAUAGAAGUGGCGGUAGAAGUAGCAGUGUAGGUAGCAGUAAAAGAAGCAGCAUAAGGAGAAGUGCAAGUAGCAGCAUAAGGAGAAGUGCAAGUAGCAGCGUAAGGAGAAGUGCAAGUAGCAGCGUAAGGAGAAGUGCAAGUAGCAGCGUAAGGAGAAGUGCAAGUAGCAGCGUGAGUAGCAGUGCAAGUAGCAGCGUGAGUAGCAGUGCAAGUAGCAGCGUGAGUAGCAGUGCAAGUAGCAGCGUGAGCAGCAGUGCAAGUAGCAGCGUGAGUAGCAGUAUAAAAAGAAGUAUAAGCGGCAGCAUUAACAGAAGUGGAGAAGAAAGAGACCAUAGCUCAAAGAGCAAACGAAGAGAGAGAAAAAAAAAGGGGGGGGAAAAUAGAACAAAAACGAGAAUAAAUACGAGAGAAAAAGAUGAAUCAGAAGAAAAAUUGAAGCAGGGUAAGAGCAAAAAGGGAAGGCAGAAAAGAAGAGGAGAAGACGUAAAAGAAAGUCGAGGGAAGGAAGGAGUAAGAAAAACGCUUGAGAAAGGCAAGGAAGAGAAAAAGGAAUACGACCCGUUCGAGGAAGACGAAAAUGGGCAUCUUGAAAUUAAUGAAGAGUUAAUUGAAUAUGCAAAGAAAAAGAUAGCGAAUGUUACCACAGAAGAUAUAGGAAAGACAGGAGGAGUUUAUAUUCCUCCAUUUAAAUUAGAAAGAUUACAGAAUGAGGUUACAAAUAAGAAAAGUAGUUUAUAUCAAAAACAAGAAUGGAUAAAGUUAAAAAAGAAAAUCAACAAUAUUGUAAACAAAGUAAAUAUAGACAAUAUAGGAGAUAUAUGUUAUGAAUUAUUUGAAUGUAAUUUGAUAAGAGGAAAAGGAAUAUUUAGUCGAGCUAUAUUACAUGCUCAGUUAAGUUCUCCUGCAUUUACAAAUGUAUUUGCAUGUCUUUUAUGUAUAGUUAAUUCAAAAUUUCCAAAUAUUGGUUUAUUAACAAUUCAGAGGAUUAUUUUAUAUUUUCGUAGAGCAUAUAAAAGGAAUGAUAAAAUAUUAUGUUUUAAUAGCGUGAAAUUUAUAGCUCAUAUGAUUAAUCAAAGAAUGCUUCAUGAAAUAGUAGGUUUACAAUUAUGUUCUUUACUUUUACAAAAUAUAACAAAUGACUCUGUUCAGGUAUGCACUUACUUUUUAGCUGAAGUAGGUCAGCUAUUUAUGAACAUAUGCAGGCGAGGAUUAGAUAUUAUUUUUGAUCGAUUAAAAGAUAUAAUACAAGAAGGUAAAAUAAAUAUUAAAACUCAAUAUGAUAUUGAAAAGUUGUGGAAUCAUAGGAAAAAUUAUUUUAAUGAAUUCCCAACACUCAUCGACGAUUUAGAUUUAAUUGAUGAAGAUACAAAAAUUGUUCAUGAAAUAGAUCUACUUGAUGAAUCCUUUGAUAAUCAAGAGGAGUUAAAUAUAUUUAGGGAAGUGCCUUAUGAACAGUACGAAGAGGAAAACUUGGAGUGGGAAGACAUUUCAAACGAGCUAUUGCAUGGGGCUACUUCAACCAGUGGGAAGUACAAGAAGAGGGAAGGAAAAAAUAUAACAAAGGGAGGUCAUCCGGAGCGUAGUGAUACCGCCAGGGUUACUGCAGGCAGUAGCAGUGAUAGUAACAGAGGAAGGAGUAGCAGCGGAAGCAGCAGCACAGAUUCGGAAAUUGAUGACCCGAAUGAAGGAAGGAAAAGAGGUCACAGGGGUAGCGUUAGUAAUGCUAGGAGCAAUGGAAGCUGUGAUAGCAGCGAUAGGGAUGGUAGUGAUGAUACCAGUGAUGCUAGCAAUGAUACCAGUGGAAGUGAUCAUGGUGAAGGGAAUAAUGAGGAAAUCCACGAUAUGACCGAACAGUACCUUAUUAAUCUGCGUAAAAGUGUGUAUUUAUCAAUAAUGUCAUCGUUAAGUUUUGAAGAGUGUGUACAUAAAUUAUUAAAGCUAAAUAUAAAAGCUGGAUACGAAAUAGAAAUAUGUAAUAUGUUAAUUGAUUGUUGUUGCAUGGAAAAAACGUUUCAAAAGUUUUAUGCUCUACAAGCAGAAAGAUUAUGUAAACUUAAAAAAAUAUUUCAAGAAAAUUUUGAAAAAUGCUUUGAAAACUCGUAUAAUACAGCUCAUAGACUUGAGACAGCAAAAUUAAGAAACUGUUCCAAAUUUUUUGCUCAUUUAUUAUUUACUGAUGCUAUAUCAUGGAGUAGCUUUGUGAUCAUUAAGUUGACUGAAGAAGAUACUACAGCAUCAACGAGAAUAUUUAUUAAAAUUUUAUUACAAGAGUUGACUAAUAAUUUAGGGGUGCAAGAAUUUUAUCACAAGAUUAAUCAUCCAGCUAUAUCUCCCUUCCUAACUGGCUUAUUUCCAAACAACAAUGCGCAAAAUAUUAGGUUUUGUAUUAACUUUUUUACAGCCAUUGGUUUGGGUGUAUUAACAACAUCCAUGCGGAAUUUGCUGCUCAAGUGA